AUGGAGGCGUUAUGGAAUUUGGAGGAUAAAUGGAAGGUGUCAACGAAGGCGGCGGCCGCCAUUGGUUUGUGCGCAUGCGCGGCGGCGUCUCUGCUCGUCGCGGCGGUCUGGGUGGUGCUGCGGCGGCGGAAGACGGCGGCGGACGGCGGCGGCGUGGAGGAGGCGAAGGAGGUGCUUAUGAGGUCGGUGCGGUGGAGCGGCGCGUGUAAGUGGGAGGAGAAGAGGGGGAGGGGGAAGGGGAGGGAGAGGGGGUCACUGUCGCCGCUGCUUGUGGGGGGCCCGGUGGGGUGGCAGAGCCACAGCUCGGAUUCGCCGGUGUGGCAACGGCCGAUACUUAUGGGGGAGAAAUGUGAGCUCCCCAGCUUUAGUGGCCUCAUUCUCUAUGACGAUGAAGGCAGACCUCUUCACAAUAAUAAUAAUAAUAAUAAUGUUUCACCUCAUCAUCACCAGGUUGACAUGUCUGCUGCGAUCGAGAGAGUUACUCUGAAGGAGUUGUUGUAA